CAAAUGGGGACAUCGGGAGUGUUAUCACAACCAACGCCAACAGAAAGAACAGACACACACAUUGUACCUUCGUUCUCUCCCGUUCUUUCGUUUUUCGUUUCCGAUAAGCAAAGCACCCGUUUUGAUCGACUUCUUUGCUCUCGGCUUUUUUCGCUUCUGUUCUGACGAUUUGGAAGACAUAUUAUAGGACUGGUUGUAUCACAGCGUGUCCUCUACUAUACAGCUCUUUUCAAGGAGAGAGGAACUUUGAAAUAUGAAUUUUGUUUUUCGAGGUAGUAGAGCAGAUAUUGAAAAUGGAUUUGGAGGAUUUAUUCCUGAACCACCUGCAGUGCGUAUUCAUACCGCUCGAUCUGUUAAUACCAACUCACUUGCUUUUCUUGUGACAGCAGUUAUUUUACUUUUCAUGAUUUUGAACUCACGUCAGAUGUCACCAAACCUUUUGCUCUGGCUUGUUGUGGGUGUCUUUUUGAUGGCCACAAGCCUGAGGAUGUAUGCUGCUUGUCAACGACUUCAAGCUCAGGCCAGGGCUCAUGCAGCAGCAGCAAGUGGCUUGCUUGGUCAUACUGAACUGCAGCUGCACAUGCCACCCUCAAUAGCUUUGGCAACUAGAGGACGAUUACAAGGACUAAGACUCCAGCUUGCACUUCUUGACCACGAGUUUGAUGACCUAGAUUAUGAUACUCUCAGAGCACUGGACUCUGAUAAUACUUCCACAACUCCUUCGAUGAGUGAUGAAGAUAUAAAUGCAUUACCAGUUCACAAAUACCGGGCUGCUGGCUCUCAGAACUCAUCACUUCAACUGGAGUCAUCUUCUUCAGGCCUGGCUGAGACUAAACAAGACUCUAGAAAGGCAGAUGGGAGGAUAAAGGGCCCUGAAGAUGAACUGACAUGCAGCAUUUGCUUGGAGCAAGUUAAUAAGGGGGAGCUUGUUCGCAGCUUGCCAUGUUUGCAUCAGUUUCAUGCCAAUUGCAUUGAUCCAUGGCUGCGGCAACAAGGCACAUGCCCUGUUUGUAAAUUAAGGGUGGGAUCUGGAUGGCAGGAUAUCGGCGAGAGCGAAUCAGAUGGUUCAUACAUGGUCUAGUGACUUGUUAAACAUUCCAUAUGUAAAUGCUAGUAGUAUAGUUACUUACCAUUGUCUUCUUAUUUUUAUUUUGUAGAAACCAUAUUGUAAAUUGCAAAGAAAUAAUAAACUCUGGGUAACUCAGUUACAUGCGUAUAAACUCCAGGUGUGGCCUCUGCCUAACUUGUGCAUUCCCUGUAUUUCUCCCAAAAUAAAAAGCUACAAUCUCCUAUGGCAUUUACCUGAUUGUUUCAGCUUUA